AACUAACCUGCGCGCAGAGAAGAAAGAAGCGAAUAACGAAGAUUGAGGCAGAGCGUGAGACGAAGAAGGCUAGAACGGAGAACCUGUGAGCUGCGACGAAGACGAGAACACCAAGCCACCAGCCACCAGCCACGCCUUGUUCCGCCGUACACUCCGUGCUUCCGUUUUCCAGCGUCCUUCGACUCCUUUCUCUCUGGCUCUGCCUACGGCUCUGGCGCAGCCUGUUUGAAGUGAUAAAAAGCUGUUAAAGCAACAAACAAUAAAUGCAUUACUCCAUUUCAAACAUGACCUAUGUUGUCUGACUCGUUUGACCCGACCUGACCCGUUGAUGUGAAGAUUUUGGGUGGGAACAUUGAUCACAUUUCCACAACAGUUUGUAUAUAGAAAGAUUCUGGACGGCCGGCUGAGUAUUCAUUCAAAGCAAUGAACCCAAUUCAAAGACUUUGUUUCGCCAUUUUCAGAAAACCUCUGCUAAACCCGGCUGCCUCUACUCAUGCGGCUCUCCGUCGUCUCUCUGGCAAAACCGGUGACGACGAGUGGAACGUCGCGUGGGAAACCGCAUGGCUGCCGGAGGAUCUAUCGGGGAAGAACCGAGCUCCUUGGGAGACUGAUGUUAACUUCUCCCUUCCGGAUGACACCUCGAACUCUCCUCAUACUCCCCUUCCGUCGGAAGUUGACGGCGAAACCAGGGCAUUUGUGGAGGAGAUGAACGACAAUUGGGAUCAGAGAAAGGGGAAAAGUCCUAAAAAAAGCUCAGACGCUGAUGAUAUUGCCAAGAAAAAUGAAAAUGAGAGGUCCAUUUAUAGUUUAGAGAAUAUGAGGAAGGAUUAUAGAGUUAAGAAACAGAGAAUACAUGCGGGAUUGUGGGUGAAGGAGAUUGAGAAGAUGGAGGAAGCCAAGCUUGGAGUUGGCGGCAAUGCUGAUGAUAUCGAAAAGUUGCUGGAUAGCGCCUCCGAGAUUUUUGACUCUGCAAAUGAUGACUUGAAGAACGAUUUACAAGUGUCAGGUAUUGAUAUAAAAAACAAGCCGGAUGGAUGGGAAACAACAUCAAAGAGUGUAGAUGGGAACAUCUGGGAGAUGUCACAGAGAGAAGAAGAUCUUUUGCUUCAAGAGUUUGAGCGUCGAAUUGCAUUCAACAAGUUCCAGAUAGGGAGCUUUAUAAAGACACACAUAUUCAGUAGAAGGAGACCAAUAGAUGGGUGGAAGUACAUGAUAGAGGAGAUAGGACCAAAUGCAAGGAAAGGAGGGAAAGGAAGUGUUACCAGGUUACCCACAUUAGCUGAUGCAUCCACUCAGCCCUUUCAUCAAGAGGGCACACCAACUCCACAUCAUGCUCAAAGAAGAACAAGGACAAGAGGCAACUAGCUCUUUCUCUGCCAGGUCAGUCUCACGUGGUGGGGUUGUCUCUAAAACAUCACAUUGUAUCCAAUCUCAACUUCAUUCAUUGUGUGUAACAUAUUACAUUUGACUACUUGUGAUCAUAAUAUUUGUUUAAUAUUUUCUCUUUUUGGGGGGAGUAACCACCAAGAAUUAAACAAAAGGGAAAUGAGCAAAAAAACACCACCACUCCAUGAAUCUGUGUGUUAAUUUGGUUAAACUGUGCAGUUAAAUAAUAUGUUCAUGCAUGAUACUAAGAAAAAUCCUAGGAACCC